AUGCUGCGGUGCAAACAAACGCUCACGGAAACAGAAAGCUCAGCUAGGCCCGACGUAAUCCCAACCGAGGAGAUCAGCACACGGUGGAGCAGGGUUGCAACUCACCAGGAAAGGGGAGGCAGAGGUAUGGCAUCAGGGGGGUCCCGACUGCUCGUCGUCGAUCUGCCGAAGAUGGCCGCGCGCUAUGCGAGGGUGUGUCAGAGACGCCUUGUUCGGUUUGGUUUGUGAAGAGGGUUGCUCGUGCGCUUGUGGAACCACGCAUGCCACAGCAAUCGAACGACGUGAGAGCAGACGCUCCUCUUUACGUAGCGUUUUUCUCCAGGUGGGCUGCUCUCACCCUUUCUUCGCCUGGGUUGUGGGAUAGGGGAAGCAAGCAGGGGGGGGCCGUAAGCGACUGCAGGGGCAACGGGCAACGGGCAGAGACAGUGAAAACGCUUAUGCAUACGAUACACGCCUCUGUCAUUUACUUGGGGGGCUCGCUGGAGUGUUGACCUCGGCCAAUCAACGCCUGGCACAAUAGACGGACCGAGUGGCACGGCACGUGCCGGAUUGAAUUUAUUUUAGCCAAUUCCCCCCCCCCAACGCUGCACCAUUGCACCAACCCCCCAG